AGACAGUGCGGGCAGCGGCAGAGGCGGCGGUGAGCUACUGAGUGCGGAGACUGCUGUCUGUCUCUGUGUCAGCACCGGCUCAAGAUGCUGCGGGUCUUCGUCCUUGGCGCCGAGAGGCUGCAGAUUAUCGAGCAGGACAUCAGCGACGCUUACUGCGGGGUGACCUUCCAUGGUGUAAAGAAGAAGACAAAAGUGAUCAAGAACAAUUUGAACCCCGUCUGGAACGAGGGCUUUGAAUGGGACCUGAAAGGAACUCCUCUGGACCCAAGUUCUGAGAUCCACGUUGUUGUGAAGGAUCAUGAAACCAUGGGAAGAAACAGGUUUCUGGGGGAGGUACACACCACCCUGACCGACGUGCUCAGCUCCCCGCACCUCGUGGCCAAGUACAACCUGCCCUUACAGGACACAAAGCGGCAGAACACUGGGGCCAGCAUCAUUCUCCAGGUGACCUACGUCCCACCUCCAGGAACCGCUCCGCAUGUACCUCCAUCCCCUCAGCACGAUGUACCGACGGCCACAGGUUCACCAGACGCCGAUACCCUCACCCUCACAGACACGGGCGGCGAGGGUGAGGAGGACAGCGAGGAUCUGCUGGGCACGGGCGACGAGGUGGACCUCCCGUCUGGCACGCCCGGCGUCGACCCGCCCCCUACUUUGCCAAAGAAGCCCCCCACCACCGUGGUCCACGGGCUAAAGAAGCGGAGGAGGGCAAGCAGACAGCUACUACCCAACAAACCACAGGACAUCCAGGUCCGAGUGCAAGUGGCGGAAGGUCGGCAGAUCCCCGGCAUCAACAUCAGGCCCGUGGUCAAAGUGACCGUCGCCGGCCAGACCAAGACCACCCGCAUCCGCAAAGGCAACAACCCCACCUUCGAUGAGACUUUCUUCUUCAACUUCUACGACACUAACCCGUGCCGACUACGUUGCGAAGAAUGA